CCGCUCUGUCGCGACAUGGGGGACGACUUGGCGUCGGAAGGCGACACCCUGCUUCAGUCAGAGAAGGAGUUCCAUGAUGCGGCGAAGCGAAAUGAUACAGCCAGGAUGGAGGAACUCAUCAGGAGAGGAGUUGACAUCAAAGCCAAAAACAAUGCAGACCGGACUGCCCUGCACUGGGCUGCGGGAGCAGGGAGCGUGGAUGCUGUGCGGCUGCUCCUGGAUCACGACGUCCCUGUGGAUGACGAAGACAGUUUUGGAAUGAAUGCUCUUCUCCUGUCUGCCUGGUUUGGCCACCUCCGUGUCCUGCAGAUCCUUGUCAAUGCUGGGGCCAAGAUUAACUGUGCCAAUAGGAAUGGCAGGAACCUGCUUCACUGUGCAGCUCAGAGGGGACACAUCCAGGUCAUGGAGUUCAUAAUGGAGGACUUGGAGGACAUGUGUGUGGAUGAGACAGACAAGAUGGACAGGACAGCUUUUCACCUGGCCGCAGAGCACGGGCAGCUGGAGGUGGUGGAGUUCCUCCUUCGACUGGGUUGUUCUCAUGGUGCCAAAGACAAGGAAGAAAAUACAGCAUUACAUUUAGCUGCUAAAAAUGGACACCUCUCUGUGCUGGAGAAGAUUAUAGAUGUCGGAGUGGACCUUGAUGAAAAAAACUCAGAAGGACUCACGGCUCUGCACCUGGCUGCUGAGGGGGGACACAGCCACUGUGUGAAGCUGCUCCUGGAAGCGGGUGCUGAUGUCAAUGCCCAAACCCAGAAAAAGAUGAACUGCCUUCAUUAUGCAGCACUGCACGGCUAUGAGGAGAUAGCCAGGAUCCUCAUGGAUGCAGGAAUCCACACGGAUGCUCUCAAUCAUCAAAAUGCAUCAGCAAUGCACAUCGCAGUCCUGCAGAACUUCCCAGCCAUGGUGAAGCUCUUCAUCAGUGCAGAGUGUGACCUUGACAUUCCAGAUAAUAGGCAGCAGACCUCACUCCACAUUGCUGCAGAGCACGGCAGGCAGGACAUUGCUGAGAUGAUUCUCAUUGCAGGAGUUAAUCUGAAGCUGACAGACAAGCAAGGGAAAACAUCUCUGGAUGUUGCUGCCCGAGGCAAUCACAUCAUCUUGGUGGACAUGAUUAUCAAAGCUGAUCGAUUUUACAAAUGGGAGAAGGACAACCUGAACAGCGACUCCAGCGCAUGGGUGGCAAAGGACUUGACCUUUAAGCAGGAUCACAGGCUGGAAACACAGCACAUUCGCUCAGUCAUGUGGAGAUUAGCCACUAAGUACCUCAAACCCGGGGAGUGGAAGAAGCUGGCACAUUACUGGAAGUUCACCGAUGACCACAUUAGGGCCAUUGAGCAACAAUGGACAGGCACUAAAAGCUACAGGGAACACGGCCACAGAAUGUUGCUGAUCUGGCUCCAUGGUGUGAUCACUGCAGGAGAAAAUCCAAUCAAGGGACUGUAUGAAGGCCUGGUGGGAAUUGGGAGAAGAGAUUUAGCAGAAAGUAUCAGGAAAAAAGCAAACGCAGACUCCACCUCUCCACGGAAGUGCACCGCAAUGUAACACCAGGAGCAUCCUCAGCUGGUCUGAGCCACAGGAGAAACACUUCUCUGCUGCUGAGAGAAGGCAGAUGCAACCUAAGGCCUUCUUGUCACAAACUGCUGGCACUGCUGCACCCUUCUGGACACGAAAUGACAAGGGUAAAA